AGGUUCAGGUCAUUCACGCCCAGUUCUUUUAGCCGCGCCAUGGGGAGUGCGGCGUCGUCCAAGCUGCAGGGCGUGAAGGAUGCCAGCGUCUCGGAGCUGAAGGACUCUGUCAAGGACCUUUCGUCUGAGAAACUGCAAUGGUGUCCAGUCCAGAGGAGAAAGAGAAAGUUUUGUGUGCCAUUUCGCUGCUGGAGCUCGCGGAGCUCGCCGGACGCUACCACGCCAGCGCUUCGAACGGUGACUGGGGAGACUACUCCAUCCACGUGACGAUUGACAGCGCGGCCAUGGCGGUGAUCAGGACGAGCGCUUGCUUCUUCAGGGACAGCCCCGCGGAAAUCGCCGAGCACAAGGGCCCCUGUUCCUUGUCCGGAGAUGUCCUGACCAUCGCGUGUCCUGAGGCGCCCAUGGUGUUCAAGGUCCGGGAGGGCGCCCUGGCCCUGCUCAAGAAGGACGGCUCCAUCGAUGAGAUCCAAGGUGGCUACGAUGGAACUCCCAAGCCCGCCAUUCUGAAGAAGAAGUGAGGCCAUGAGAAGCGCUUCUCGCGGGAGGCGGCGUUCUCCUAACGGAGUCAACGUUCCUUUCGACGUGAUGUCGGGGACUUC